GUGGAAGGGCGGCGCAUGCGCGGCGGCACCCGGCUCAGCUGUGAGGGAGGCCGAGAGCUGCCGCGCGGCCGCGGGGAGCGGUGGGCUGGGGCCACCGCUGAGGCCGCCGGAGCCGGCGGGGCCGGCGCUGAGGAGGGGCCAUGAGCUGGUUCAACGCCUCGCAGUUGUCCAGCUUCGCCAAGCAGGCCCUGUCCCAGGCCCAGAAGUCCAUCGACAGGGUCCUGGACAUCCAGGAGGAGGAGCCGAGCGCCUGGGCCGAGGCCAUCCCGUACGGCGAGCCGGGAAUAAGUCCCCCUGUGAGUGGAGGAUGGGAUACUUCAACCUGGGGAUUGAACUCAAGCACUGAACCUCAGAGUCCACCAACAGCCUCCCCUAAAGCAAUUACAAAGCCAGUUCGAAGGACUGUAGUCGACGAAUCUGAAAGUUUCUUCAGUGCCUUCCUCUCACCAUCGGAUGUCCAGACCAUUCAGAAGAGCCCAGUGGUCUCGAAGCCUCCAGCUAAAUCACAGCGGCCAGAAGAAGAAGUGAAAAGUGGUUUACGGGAAUCAUCAUCCCCUGGCCAGUCCAGAGCUUCUGAGACAGAUGAGUCAGAAACGAGAGACUCCGUGUGUGCGUCUGGAGAAACUCCAGCCGUGGGUACCCCUUCACCUGUGCCUGCAGGCAAUCAUGAAGAAGCUGCUAGUAAAGAGUCUGACGUGAAGGUGCCCACUGUGCGAUUGAAAGCAUCUGAAGAUGUAGUUAAUGUAAAUGCAGCAACAGAAGAUGUCUCUACCGCGUCCACUCAGUCCCUCACAGCAGAAACUAAGGACAUGGCUUUGGAACCUAAAGAGCAAAAACAUGAAGACAGACAGAGCAAUACACCUUCUCCUCCUGUUAGCUCCUUCUCAUCGGGCACGUCUACCACCAGCGAUAUUGAAGUUUUAGAUCAUGAGAGUGUAAUAAGUGAGAGCUCGGCUAGUUCAAGGCAAGAGACUUCAGAUGCAAAGUCCAGUCUUCACCUGAUGCAGACUUCAUUUCAGCUUCUCUCUGCAUCUGCUUGUCCUGAGUAUAGCCGCUUAGAUGACUUCCAAAAGCUCAACGAGAGCUGCUGCUCAUCAGAUGCUUUUGAAAGAAUAGACUCCUUUAGUGUGCAGUCUCUAGAUAGCCGGAGUGUAAGCGAAAUCAACUCAGAUGACGAACUGCCAGGCAAGGGCUAUGCUUUAGCACCUACAGUAGUGAAUUCUUCAACCCCAAAGACUAAAGUAGUAGAAUCCACUGAAGAAAAAGAUGAAGAAGAGGAAGGAAACGAGACAUUAAUUGCACCUUCUGAGGAAGCAGAAUUAGAGGAAAGUGGCCGAAGUGCUACUCCUGUUAACUGUGAACAGCCAGAUUCAUUGGCUUCUCCUACACUAGUAAACGAAGGGCAUUGUGUUUCUGGACCCGUGGCUGAGCAGUGUGAGGGUGCUGACAGUCAGCCAGAAACACUGCCGGAGAAAGAAGAUGUUUGCAAGACAGUUGAAUUUCUGAAUGAGAAACUAGAAAAGAGAGAGACCCAGUUACUGUCUCUUAGUAAAGAAAAAGCACUUCUAGAGGAGGCUUAUGAUAACCUGAAGGAUGAAAUGUUCAGAGUAAAAGAAGAGAGUAGUAGCAUUUCUUCCCUGAAAGAUGAAUUUACACAGAGAAUUGCAGAAGCAGAAAAGAAAGUUCAACUAGCCUGCAAAGAGAGAGAUGCUGCUAAGAAGGAAGUGAAAACCAUAAAGGAAGAACUUGCCACUAGAUUAAAUAGUAGUCAGACUGCAGACCUGUUGAAGAAAAAAGAUGAACAGAUUCAAGGCUUAAUGGAAGAAGGAGAAAAACUUUCAAAGCAGCAGCUGCAUAAUUCCAAUAUCAUUAAGAAAUUAAGAGCUAAAGAUAAAGACAAUGAAAACCUUAUUGCAAAGUUGAACAGAAAAGCUAAGGAACUGGAAGAGGAGUUACAACAUCUAAGACAGGUCCUUGAUGGCAAAGAAGAGGUUGAAAAACAGCAUAGAGAAAAUAUUAAAAAACUGAAUUCUGUGGUAGAACGCCAGGAGAAAGAUCUUGGCCGACUUCAAGUAGACAUGGAUGAACUUGAAGAAAAGAGCCGAAGUACUCAGGCUGCCUUAGAUAAUGCAUACAGAGAACUUACUGAACUUCACAAAGCCAAUGCUGCUAAGGACAGUGAGGUACAGGAAGCUGCUCUGAGGCGUGAGAUGAAGGCUAAAGAAGAACUUUCUGGGGCACUGGAGAAGGCCCAGGAAGAAGCCCGUCAGCAGCAAGAGGCGUUAGCACUUCAGGUGGGGGACCUUAGGAUGGCACUGCAGCGGGCAGAGCAAACAGCUGCCAGGAAAGAGGAUUACUUACGCCACGAGAUCAGUGAGCUUCAGCAGAGACUACAAGAAGCAGAGAAUAGAAACCAAGAGCUGAGUCAAAGUGUUUCAUCAACAACAAGACCAUUGCUUCGACAGAUAGAAAACUUACAGGCAACUCUGGGGUCCCAGACGUCAUCCUGGGAGCUGCUGGAGAAGAAUCUUUCUGACAGGCUUGGUGAGUCGCAGACCUUAUUGGCUGCAGCAGUUGAGAGGGAACGUGCAGCUACAGAAGAGCUCCUUGCCAACAAAACCCAGAUGUCUUCAGUGGAGUCACAGAAUGCACUGUUACGGCAGGAAAACAGCAGACUGCAGGCCCAACUAGAGUCAGAGAAAAAUAAUGUAAGAAAACUGGAGGAUGAAAAUAAUCGGUACCAGGUUGAAUUAGGAAACCUAAAAGAUGAGUAUGUAAGAACACUUGAAGAGACAAGGAAAGAAAAGACACUGUUGUGCAGUCAGUUAGAAAUGGAAAAAAUGAAAGUUGAACAAGAAAGGAAGAAAAACAUUUUCACUCAAGAAGCAGUAAAAGAAAAGGACCCCAAGCCGUUUUCUGUUUCUAGUACUCCCUCCAUGUCACGCUCGAGCUCAAUAAGUGCAGUAGAUAUGGCAGGGCUGCAGAUGUCUUUUCUGUCUCAGGAUGAGUCUCAUGACCAUUCAUUUGGGCCAAUGUCUACAUCAGCCAGUGGAAGCAAUAUAUAUGAAGCUGUAAGGAUGGGAGCAGGAUCAAGCAUUAUUGAAAAUCUGCAGUCUCAGCUAAAGCUGAGGGAAGGAGAAAUUAGUCAUUUACAGCUAGAAAUUAGCAACCUAGAAAAAACUCGAUCCAUAAUGUCUGAAGAGCUAGUUAAAUUAACAAAUCAGAAUGAUGAACUUGAGGAGAAAGUGAAAGAGAUACCCAAACUUCGAGUUCAACUGCGAGACUUGGAUCAAAGAUACAACACGAUUCUGCAGAUGUAUGGAGAAAAAGCAGAAGAAGCAGAGGAACUUCGCCUGGAUCUUGAAGAUGUAAAAAAUAUGUAUAAAACUCAAAUAGAUGAACUUCUAAGACAAAGGAUCAGUUAACUUGUGAGAUUUGCCUUCCCAUCAGACUGUGUGUAAACACUUAAUAUAUAAAUGCAGACUUCCAAUAAAUUCUGUUAUAGAAUUAGAAAAUGGAAAUUGCUGUAGAGUGUAAAAAAGUUUUUAAAAAAUUCUUUUAUAGUAUAUAAUAAUAUUUGCAGUUAAAUUAUUUUGUGCAAUAUUUGAAUUUUAUUUUUGAAACUAUUCUUUAAAUUUUUAUUUUUUAAAGAUUUUUUUCUUUCUUUUCUUUUCUUUUUUUUUUGGUGCCUUGAACAGCACAGAGAUUUAUUACUUUAUCCGUGUUAUCAGCACACCUGGGAAGGGAGACUGGAGUUUUCAUAUUGUUGUAGACAUAUAGUUAAUUGUAUUGUAUCUAAUUUAUAUGUGUUUGUACAUAUUGAGAGAUUUAUAGAGUAAUUUACAGAGUAACAUCGAAAUUUUGAAAUCUUUCACACUGAAAACUUCAACAUAUUUCUUGAAAGUAUUUUAAACAUUCAACUAAAAAGGUUAUUAAGCCUGUGACCACUCAAUUAUAAGCUAAGGAUUUCCUUUAAAAGCAGAAGUUACAGUGACAUGACUAAAAGUUAAAGAGUAAUUUACGCUUAAACAUAUUUCUGUUUUGAAAAUUUAUUCCAUGUAUCUUCCACAAAAAAGUUUGAACAAAUGUGGAUACUAACUACCUAUCCAAAGAAAGCUAUAAAUACUCAAUAUUAGCUAAGUGUAAUUGGAUAGUGGGAAAUCUUGCUAGCAGCCAAUUAUGAUAGAUAGCAUCAGUAGCAGGCAAUUUUGAAGUAUUUUACUACACUGUAAAAUGAAUCUAACAUAAUAAAAUCAUUAACAAAAUUUACUUUUAAAAUUAGUCAAUUUCCUCUUUUAAAACUACUUGUUUAAUUUCUUACAAUUAUUUUUUGGGACACUAAAAUGAAUGUUUUAAAAACAGUCGUCAUAGCAAAACAGAAAAGUAAUACAUAUACGUUUAAAUUGGGGAUUUUAUAAUUUUAUGUAGUUGAACAUUUUCUUUUUUGAAGCUUCAACAAGCAAAAAUAAAAAUAGCGAAAAAGUGGUGUAGACUAGUUUAAGAAUAUAGUUAUGCCCUCUUCCAAAUGUUACUUUUUUAAAAAAAGUUAAUCUGGUUGUGUUUUAGACGUGUAAAAUAUUUUGAUAGAUUUUUAUUACUUAAAAUUAUUUAAUUGCCUUUAUCCUAGUCCCUCUUUAUCUGUCUUUUGCUUUUUGUGGUUUUAACUGAGGGUAACAAUAAUCCAAAAACACAUGGAAAUUCCAGAAAUAGAGCUUAUAAAUGUUAAGGUCUAUGUUCAGAGUAGCCUGCUGGAAUCUCUCUGUGACUCAGUUUGUCCAGUGCAUUCACACCCCUUGUCAGUCACUGAGCCAUCUCAGCCUUUGAGUAUACUGUCCCUAGUGUGGAAAUGCUUGUCUUCAGGUAAUCCCUUUGCUCUGUAAUGGCCCAAAGGGAAGAAGCUGAAGGCUACAGUGCUUGCUUUAAUGGAAAGAUGAGCAUCACCACUGGCUGUCUAGCUGGAGGCUGGCAGCUUCCGUUGUUUCAGGCACUCACUGAGGGUCUUAGAGCUGUCCUCCCCUUAGUGAGAAGGUGGGAUUUCGAGGACAAGCUGUAAGUUUCAGUCACGUUUUCACCGCACUUGAGAACACAGCUCUGAGUACCUGUCUCGCAGAGUGGAGACCUUUUGGGGUGAUUCAAGUGACCUUGUUUUUGUUCUUUGUGUUCCACACAGUGUUUCUGUUGUCAGAGCUCCGAUUAGCAGCGUGAAUAAAUGUCAUUUUGGUGAAAGUCACAGUCAUGAAAUUAAGUUUCUAUAUUUUAGUGGUAGAAAGCACUCAUAAUUUUUGCUAGGUUUAAAAAUUUUAAUAUUCAGGGCAGGAUGACAAGUCUGAUAGCAAUAAAAAUGUAGAGUUAGAAGAGACAGGAAACUUCAAAAUUUCAAAAUUCUUGGCAAGUGUUUGAAACUGGUAGUUUGGGAAGUGUAAAAUACUUUAAACAGAUAGUUUAGAAAUGUGGCAGAGAAAAGAUUUUGAAAUUAAAAUUUCCUGUGUUCUAAAUGGUACAUCAGCAGUAAAUAUUUUUCUUAUCAACAUUAAUAAAGUCAGCACACUUAAAAUCUUCCUUAUUUUAUAAAUCUUAUAAAUCUUAUUUAUUUGGAAAAUGACAUGCAACCAUUUACAUUUAUAACAUGAUUAAUAGCUGGUGUUCACACUGCUUUUAUGUUGACUCGUAUAGACUUAGACCUUUCAGUACAUUCAAUACAUUUCAAGUUGAUAAGGGGUACUGUAUAAAUUUCUACUGUAAAGGGGUACUGUAAAUAACCUAGUGUCAGAAUACUCAUUAAACAUUAAAUUUAUUUCCUAUGUAUCAUUGAAAAUUCUUUACCCAAAUGCUAUUAGAAUAUUCUAAUGCAUAGUUUGCAAUUAAAUGCUUCCAUUCUUGAAAACAUAAAAACAAGGAUACUUGGAAUUCAGCAUGAAAGAGGCACAGGCGCUUGUUGGUAUCAGACUCUGGGAGGCUGAGUGGAGAGAGACUGCUGCUGCUGGCCUCUUGAUAGCACCCCAUAGCAUUUAGCAUGCAGAAUGUACCAAAUACAUGGCAUUACAAUUUAUAAUGUUCUAAGUAUGGAUGAUUUCUAACUUAGAGGAAUUUGGGUUUUUGUAGUUAAGUAAAUGUAAAGAAUAUUCAGGAAGUAUUUCCCCAUCCUUCAAUUAUUUCAUUAAUUGAAAGUUUUAUUUGAGUGCUUAUUAAAGAGCACAUGAUUUGGGUCUGGAGAACACUUAGUGAUCUUUCAGUGGGCCUGGAUUCAAUUCCUAGCACCUACAUGGUGGCUCACAACCAUCUGUAACUCCAAUCCCAGGGUUCCUGUACCUUCUUCUAAUGUUCUCAGACACCAGGCACACAGUGGUGCACAGGCACGGUCACAAAAAAAAAACACCCAUACGCAAAGUAAAAAUUACAAGAAACAAAAACACAUGAUUUGCAGUAUUUCUAGGAAAGCCCCCAAAUUAAAGAGGAGCGAGUGUGAAUGUCUUAUUUUACUACUGUUUAGUAUUAUAGGCAUGUAUGUUCUAGGGGAUCAUUUUUCAUUUUCAUUACAAAAAAAGCUGAUCUAAGUUGUCUUAUCCUUGGUCAGUUUUAAACUAAAAAAAAAAAAUAGAUAUUUUGUAAAGGGCUAAAAGUAUGAUUUAAACUAUAGAUGGAUAUUAUUUUAAUUCCAAAUGAAAGGUAAUGUGCAUAAGCAUGGAUCUGAUUCAAAUAAAGAUUUGAAAGUCUGCUAA